AUGGAGCAAGAUCAGGACAAGCGAGUGAUCCUCCAACUUCUCCUUGAGGAUCUGGACAACCUUGAAGACAGACAGAAAGGGAAACAGACCGCAGGGCACCAGACAGAUCUUGAGCUUGGCAUCGCGUGUUUGCGAGAGGAUAUUCGGAUCACGCAAAUUUCCAUCGAUGAUGAGAUAUUGGCACUUAGCACGAGUACUGCAAUUGCCACUGAUCAAAAGAUACUAGCAUCUUAUCAACACGAGGAAAGACUUGCUCAUGAGGACCAUCAAUUUGCUCUCGCCCUGAGUAAUGGGACAUCGACCUCCAAUGACAAUUCAGACCCCUCAACGGUAAACAAGAGCACAUCAACAGACGACGAUGACGACACCGUUUCCAUUGUUAUGGGGGACCUCAUGGGCCGCAUAAACUUGAGUGAUAACGCAUCUGAUAACGGGGAAGGCUCUUCGCGCAUACCUCCAUCCCGAGGGACCAGCAUCAUGAGGGAGUGUGCUUCCUGUUUCACCAAGAAUGACGAGGAGCUCUACCCUCCUCGCUGUUGCGGCAAUGUUGUGCCACCCGGUGUUGCAUUACGAGUUCUGAACUACGAGGAGCUUCGAAAUUUCAGUGAAAGAGGCCUCGAGUGGUCCGCGGUGGACCGCCUCUACUGUGCUGACCCAACAUGUUCGAAAUUCAUCCCUCCAUUUGCUAUCCAGAAUGAGCACGGCACCUGCCCUGCAUGUCACCAACAGACUCAUCUGCCAUGCCGUUCCCUUGCCCACCCCCGUGUUGACUGCCCAAUGGAUGAAUCUCUUCAUGCUGUGCUGGAGAUGGCAGAGGCUGAGAAUUGGAGACGAUGCUUUAACUGUCGAACUAUGGUGGAGCUUCACCUCGGCUGUAACCAUAUGACCUGUCGCUGCGGCCGCGAGUUUUGCUAUGUCUGCGGCUUGGUCUGGAAGACUUGCGAUUGCCCACGCUGGCACGAGGACAGGCUUGAGGAAGUGGCAAACCAAGCGGUAGACGAAGAAGUCCCAGCCAACGCCGAUGUUCAAGUCCGCCAGGACGUGUUUCACAGGAUAGUUGAUAAUCUACUGCGACACGAGGAUGACGGGACUUUGGGGUGGCAGAAAGCGGGAGAGGAAGCAUUUGGACUUGUUGUGGCUCUAGGUGGCGGACUCGCGGAGUCAUUCAUACACAGUCUGCUCGGUGUUGGCAUCAUCCUCGACUGUCGAUUUAUUGGGUUUCCCCCUGAGCUUUAG